CUUUCUUUUCAGCCAUCAUCAACCGCAGUUCGCAUCAGCUUCAGUGCGAGAAAAAGUUCAAAACAACGUGUUUCAGUGCUGUUUUGAAUUUCUGUUCUAUAGAAUUCGUACAAUUUAUUAGAAUUAGGUAUUUGAAAAAAAUCUGAUUUGAUUGGAACUCUUGCCUAGAUAUGGCAUCUACCAGAAUAAAGAAGCCAGCCACGCGUCGGGGUAAGCGGUUUCUGGACGAACGUGAACCGAAAACCAUCGAAAAUACCAAGAAAACGCUGAUAAUGGAAGGUCGGAAAUGUUCGAACGAAAUUCGACAGGCGCUCAAGGAUUUCAAUCUGCUGAAAAAACCACUGGUGAGGCUGAUGAGAAGGAAUAACGACGUCACAUUGUUCGAAGAUGCGACACCGCUAGAGCAAUUAGCCAAAUCAAAUGAUUGUCACCUUUUCAUGUUUGGUUCGUCGUCGAAGAAGCGCCCGAAUAAUCUUAUCUUGGGGCGAAUUUAUGACGAACAGGUUCUGGAUAUGGUUGAACUCGGCAUUUCUAAUUUCAAAAGCCUGCAAGAUUUUAAAAACGAGAAGAUCUCCGCAUUUGUCAAGCCAGUAGUCGUGUUUAAUGGCUACAAAUGGAAGUUGACGGAGGAGUUGCGGCGCCUACGCAGUCUUCUGUUGGACAUGUUUCACAUCGACAACGUUUCUACCAUGCGAUUACAAGGCAUUGAGCACGUGAUCAGUUUUACGAUUACCGAGGAUUUGUCGAUUCUGAUGCGUUCUUACAGAAUUCAGUUGAAGAAAAGUGGACAAAGAACACCUCGAAUUGAGCUGCAAGAAAUGGGACCAUCGAUGGAUUUGUCUAUCAGACGAACAAAGAUAGCUUCGGAGGAUUUGUUCAAAACGGCCAUGAAGCAGCCAGCGAUCCUGAAGGUGGCCAAACGAAAGAACGUUUCGCGGGAUGAACUGGGCAACGUUCAUGGUCGGGUGCACGUCGGCAAGCAGGACAUCAACGCCAUCCAGACCAGAAAGAUGAAGGGUUUGAAGAAGUCGGCCGAGGAGAAAAAGUUAGAUCGUGCCAACAAGAAGCGCCUAUCCUCGAGCGGCUCAGCCGGGGAAGGAACAGAUCAGGAAUAUGAUGAGGAUGGUAUGGGUGAUAACAGCGAUGGACCAGGAAUGGAUGUAGAUAGCGAUGAGUAAGUAUGAAAAAAUGUGUACAUUUCAGAAGCUUGAUUUAUUGGAGAAAUUCAUGAAUGGUAUACAUACAAAAUUUAAUUUGUUCAUAAGAAAAAGCUCACAAUUUAUAUAAUAGAAUGAAAUAACUUCUUAACAAAAACA